CUUUUUUUCUUGUACUCAUAGUUCGUAUUAGUAAUACUCGGAUAACAGGUAAGCAUUGGCGUGGAUAGACUAGUAUGCUCCUAAAGACCAGUGGCUUAAUAAAGUAAAGAAGAGGAGCAGAGGAAGUGGGAGAUGAUAAAAACUCCAAUUCAGCAAUGCAUCUCUGAGUCUCGGCGACCAACUCAUCCAAAUAAUAGUCCGCUCAGGUGCGCUGUUCUUGGUGCCGGCUUUGCUGGGUUGUCAGUGGCGUGGCAUUUGCUAUUCCACAGCCCCAACGAAUUGAAAGUGAAAGUUGACAUUUUUGAUGAUGUUGGCAUCGCUGGCGGCGCUUCUGGAGUUGCUGGAGGCCUCGUUCACCCCUAUUCUCCUAAAGUCAAGCCUCUUUGGAGGGCUGAUGAAUGCUGGACAGAGUUUUUAAAUCUUCUUAAUGUUGCUGAAGCCGCCGCAGCUGCAGCUUCUACCGAUGACUUCAUUGUCAGGAGAACGGGCAUAUUGAGGCCACCUGUUAAUCACAAGAUAUUGGAUGUCAUGCACCAGAAUGCUCUCAAUAGUCUACCAACUUGUCCAAUACAGACCCUUGAUGGAACUUCUGCAAGGGACCUUAUACCAAACUUAUGUACCCCUUUAAACACAGCCUUCUUUAUGCCUCUAGCUGUCAAUCUUAAUCCCCACAACUAUCUUAAGGCACUUUUUCUCGCAACUCAACAUUUGGUCAACAAGAUCUCGUCAACAGGCUUCCCUACCAAGGAAAUUACUUUGCAUAACAAACUUGUAGCUUCACUAAGUCAACUGGGAGAUGAAUAUGAUUCGGUCAUAGUUUGUCUCGGUGCUAGAGUUGACAUGCUGCCUGAGCUAUCUGGAAAGCUUCCUUUAAGGACAUGCAGAGGCAUUGUUGCACACCUUCAGUUGCAUGAUUCCUUGUGUGAAGAAUAUUGUGAAGAUAGUCCUUCGAUCCUGUCAGAUGCUUGGCUUGCUGUUCAGGGGUCUAAAAGGCUACUUUUAGGGUCAACAUGGGAUUGGGAAUCAAGAAAUUUCUCUUCUAUUGUCUCCUCCGAGGAAGCCUCUGGUACUCUGCAACAACUUUUACCUAAGGCAAGUAUGGUUUAUCCGCAAAUAACCAAGUGGACUUUAACAGGAGCACAGGCAGGUGUCAGGGCAAUGCCACCUUUAACUCCGCAAGGAUCAUUUCCACUUUUAGGUUCCAUAGAUGAUCUUGUAGGGGGAGAUUGUUCUUCUAAGUAUUGGUUGAUUGGAGGUCUUGGUGCCAGAGGAUUACUUUACCAUGGCUGGCUUGGAAAGUUGACUGCACAAGCUGUGCUUUCCUCUGGUGAAGGUGUGUUACCUCCUGAACUAACCUCAUGGAAGAAGAUGAAAAGCAAGUGACUUCAGUUUAUUUAAUCAUUGAUGAAUAAUCAUGUAGCUGUCAUAAACCUGCCUUUCAAUUUUAAUUUAAUUGUUAAGUAAAGUUAUACAUGGAAUUUCUUGUUAUGUCUAGUGUUAAUUUAGUUCCACAACUUGAUCCUCCAUUCAUGUAUUUGCUUUGUAAUGAAAUUGUGCUUAGACUAUUUUUUUGUAAAUAAUGAUAUUCGAAGAAAAUUUUCAUCUGACUUGCUCA